AACAAACUUAAAAAAAAAAACAAAAGAACACUAUUACUCUAUUUUUGUUCAAAUAAUCUAUAUUUUUAUUCAAACAAACAAGUACAGUUAGAAAUGGAUCAGAUCACAGAGUCAAGAAAAGAUAACACUAUAAAAAUAAAAAUAACUAGAAGAUUAUUUUAAAACUGCCAUGCAGAGUCAUGUAACAGAAGAAUCCAUGAUUAUAAAUGAAAGUGCUAUUGAUGAUACUCGGUUGCUAGAACUGACUCGAAAUCCUUUUGACAGCAAUUUGUAUGAGCGAGACAAUUUUCCAAUUCUUGAUUCUUCUGUAUUUCAGAUAUCAGCAACACCUAAGCAUGAUUCGAAUGGUGAAUUUCGAUGGUCUAUUGAUCAGAUUGCUUUAUUGAAACCUGCAGAAAUGGACUUAAAUCCAAAUCAAGAAUACAGCGUGGUGUACUCUACUCAAGAAGAUGAAGAACAAUCCCAACGUCAGGUUGAUGAGUAUUUUAAAAGUGCACUUCUUCCUUCACCAUGGUUAGACAACCGAGCUAGUGUACUCAAGCGAGUGACAUUUUCACCUGAUUUUCCAUCUGCACAUUAUUUAAACGGAGUUGUAAAUCAAAAAAUAAAUAAACCAAAUGCCAAUGAAGAAGUUCAACUUGAAGAAACAUUGCUUUCAGAUGCUUGCUGUCAAACAGAAUUGACUUUUUCAAUGGAUUUUGACCUUCAAAUAUUGGUUGGGAAAAAGUAUUACUCCUACAGCGAUGAGUCUGGAGAAGCAAGAGCACUUAUGAUAUCAUCUUUACGUCGAAAGCUGUUUGUUCAAGAAAUAAAAACUCCUUUAAAAUCCACAUCAAAAGUUUGCAGUCCUUAUGCUACACCCAGUUACACCACUUCUAGUCCAACAAAACAACCUCUUGAUAUCAGCUGUGCUCAUAAAAAUACAUCCAUUACUAUUAGCGAGUCGUCUACUCCAUCUAUAAACUCAUUUUCAUCAGCAAGUUUACAUAAUGUAUUUGAAUCACCAGCUAAAGUUACUCCUCCACAGACUGUAGCAGUAUGCACACCAUUACGUCAUUGUGGAGAUAUAACUUUGUCGAAUGUUUCAAUGUCGCCAAUACGCUCAAGUGAAAAACAAUCAAGUGAUAUUAGUGAUUUUUCAUAUCUCCCUGAUGUUAGUUUAGAAUUUAAUGUAAAUGGUUCUGAGAUUCGUGAAUCCAGUCGUGCAGUUCAGUUUAAAUAUCAAGAUAUAUCUCCUAUAAAAAAAGAAAUUGCUGUUGACCCAGCAACCGACACCUUGUCUAUGCAAGAGAGCUGUCAAAGUGAAUUUCAAGUUAGUUCUCAACAAAGCAUAAAAGAAUCCACAGCCAAGAACAUGCAUGCUUUUAAAGGAUUUGAUAUUUCAUCAAUAUCUGAUUAUUCUGCAAAAUUAUUACAUCAAAAAGAAGCACAACAAGGAUCUAUUGAUGUUACUGAUAUAACAUCUAGUAAUCUUUUCUCAAUUGAUGAAACUACCGAUAUGAGCAUCAGUAAGUGUAGUGAUGACGAUGAACCAGAGGUUUUGCACAUAACAGACCUUAGCCUUGAUGAAAAACAAGUAACGGACGAUUUGUCUCACUUAUUGCCGAAUUUUAGUGUGAUUCAAGGUAACUCUAGUGAAUAUGUGAGUCCUAAAAUUGUUACAUUUGAUAAUCACGAGAGUAUGACUACUCCUUUGAAAGGUAUUCUUAAACAUCGCGAUAUUACCACUCCUAAAAGAACAAACUUGAGAGAUUUCGAUUCAUUAGAUAGUACCCAGUAUAAUACUGUUUACAAUAGUGGAAGCAGGAGAAAAGCUGCUGCAAAUUUUUUGCGUACAUCCUCGUCAAUAUUGCUUUCUAGUAAUAACGAUAAAACAACUUUACCGAAGCCAAAACUCAGUGACUUUAGUGAGUCACAAAGUGGGCCUGAUACACCAAUACGUGGUUAUGAACAUCGGUAUAAUGAAAAUAAAGUUAGUAUCAGCAGUGUAAAUAGGCAAUGUUUGCGUGAUAUCACGAUUGAUAACAUAGAUCGCUCUGCUCAAAACAGAUAUUUCAAAGAUUACAUAACUCCGAUGGAUUUCCCACUCAAUGAUGACAUUGUUUGUUUGCGUGCUAAUACUGCUUUGAAACGCGCUUAUGAAGUAUCUAAUUCUCUUCAUAUUGAGGAUAAAGAAAACUACUGUGCAAUGAAUUUUCAAAACAACAUAAGAUUGAGUAGUACAAUACUUAGUUCAGACAGUCCGGAAUUAAGAUCCGAACGUUCGGUUAUAAGAUCUACCGGAAAAAAUUAUGCUUGUAUUGAUGGUUAUCAUGCUGAUUUGUCAAGCAAACAUAUAUCUGUUGAAAAAGAAAAUAAAGUGGAAUCGUCUGCAAUUUCACCUUGCCUCAGCUUAGAUACCUUAAGCAUCAGUUCGAAUUCAAAAAACCACAGUUCCGCUACAAAAAAAACUAUGCGCGCAAGUUCGCAAAGAAGAAUAAGUGGCUUAACACGAAAUUAUAGUUGGCCUUAUAAAUCGCGCGCAACCUCUCCUUUUUUUUCUGAUGAUUCAAGUAUAGUUCAGCAGUCCGGAAAUACACCACAAAGCAGCCGUAUUUCAGGUAACCGCUCUAGAGUUUUACCAAAAUAUCGCGGGAGGUCGCCAAGUUUUCGCGGUGAAGAGCUAUUUGAUCCGAUGAAAUCUGCUUAUAAAGAUUUUUUACCUUCACCAUUGAAAUAAAAAUUGAAUUUAAGUAUUUUUAUAACUCAUAUCGUAUUUAGUCGAUUUCGUAGCAGUAUUUAGUCGCGUUUCACCAUUUAGAAAACCAUAGUUACAUUUUCUCCUGAGUUUGCACAUGUUUUUUAAAAUAUAACUGUUCGAUUA